AUGGCAUCCAACUGUUCUCUUCCGUUGUGUAGCCCCAUGUCCCGGACGCGCACCUCGCUUGACGAUGUGCGAUCUCUAGCAGAUACUAUGCUACACGCUUCGCUUGGUAAAAGCUGUUCGAAAGGGUUAUCUACUACUGAAGCUGAGCUCCGCAUCCUCCAGCUUAAGUACGAUGUGACGAGGGCGGUCGCUCCACCACGUUCUGACGGACUGUUCAAAGCAGCCUGCUCUACUGACUUGUUAUUUCUCAUGGACACCACUGGCUCUAUGCAGUCCUAUAUUGAAGCAGCUAAGGGCCAAGUCAAAAGCAUCAUCAACGAAAUAAAAAUGACAUUCUUCAACGAAGCCUCCCUACGCAUCGCGGUUGUGGGGUAUAAGGAUCACGGAGAGUCGUCCAACAUCCAAUUUCUCGAUUUUACUCCUGAGGCCGAUCAAGUGCUCUCAUUUCUCAAUCAGCUGCACGCUACAGGCGGUGCUGAUGCACCAGAAGAUGUCCUCGGUGGUAUUCGGCAGAGCCUCAACGCAGAGUGGAAACAUCCAACACGGUGUAUUAUACACAUUGCGGACGCGCCGCCGCACGGCUGCACUUUACACGACCUAGGCAGAGGAAGCGACACAUACGCCAAGCCUGGGAGCGAGCCGCACCACCUGACUUAUGAAAUUCUACUUAAGCAGAUGAUCGAGCUAAACAUCAAUUACACUCUACUACGUAUUAACAAUACAACGGAUCGCAUGGCUUUUACAUUCUUCCAAGAAUAUGCUCUGGCCUCUUCACACUGCAAGCUUAACAGUCCAACAGAUACUACAGCCAAGAAUGCAGCAAAUCUAUCAGGUCCGACAGUGACCUUGGUAGGGGUGUUAUCUCCAGACGCCGCACUCAAUCUGUGCUGCAAUUUGAGGAGUUAG